AGAGAGAGAGAGAUCCCCAAGUGAUGCUGAUGCCUGGGCACAUCACACUGUGAGGACGACUGCCUUAACUGGUUCACCCAACCACCUGCUGGCAUGCACCACCCCUAUUCUGCAGAGGAGGAAACAGCCUCAGGUACUCACAUGACCAAAAUCUCACAGUAGUUUUCUGAACGUAAGUAAAAGCACUCAUCAGAUGCCAGAACACUUGACCAUGCAACCGUUUUUAUAAGCUUCCAAGGCACAGCUUAGCCUCUGUUUAUGUCAAUGAAGUGGGGGUGUGGAGGCUCAAAGAUUUGACCGCAGUGCCCCAGUGGGGGGGGGGGGGGACGAGAAAUCGGUUUUCAAAACCGAGUCUGAGGUUCACUAGACACCUACCUCAAGCAGAACUUUUUUUUUUUUUUUUUUUUGCCUCCAGGGUUAUUGCUGGCGCUCGGUGCCUGCACUACGAAUCCACAGCUCCUGGAGGCUAUUUAUUCCCUUUUGUUGCCCUUGUUGUUUAUCGUUGUUAUUAUUGUUGUUGCUGGCUAGGACAGAGAGAAAAGGAGAGAGGAGGGGAAGACAGAGAGGGAGAGAGAAAGAUAGACACCUGCAGACCUGCUUCACUGCAGGUGGGGAGCCGGGGCUAGAACCGGCAACUUUAUGCCAGUCCUUCCACUUUGAGCCAUGGCCACUUAACGCGCUGUGCCCCGCCCAUUUCAAGCAGAACUUCUAAUAUACUUGGCAGGAAGAGAGCACGGGGGGUUCCUGGAAAGGAGGUCCGGAACCCCCUCAGUGAGCCCCUCCUUGCCCACAGGCCUGAGCUCCUCCACCAUGGUGAGCGAGUCCUCGGGGGCUGGCGUCGGCGCCCCCUGGCGGCGAAGCGACGAGGCACUGCAGGUGAACGUGGGCGGAGUGCGGCGGCGGCUGAGCGCACGCGCGCUGGCGCGCUUCCCGGGCACGCGCCUGGGCCGCUUGCAGGCGGCGGUGUCCGAGGAGCAGGCGCGUCGCCUGUGCGACGACUACGACGCGGCGGCGCGCGAGUUCUACUUCGACCGCCACCCGGGCUUCUUCCUGGGCCUGCUGCACUUCUACCGCACCGGCCACCUGCACGUGCUGGACGAGCUGUGCGUCUUCGCCUUCGGGCAGGAGGCGGACUACUGGGGGCUGGGCGAGGGCGCGCUGGCCGCAUGCUGCCGCUCGCGCUACCUGGAGCGCCGGGUGGCGCGGCCGCGCGCCUGGGACGAGGACAGCGACGCGCCGAGCAGCGUGGACCCGGGCCCCGACGAGAUCUCGGACGUGCAGCGCGAGCUGGCGCGCUACGGGGAGGCGCGCUGUGGCCGCCUGCGCCGUCGCCUCUGGCUCACCAUGGAGAACCCCGGCUACUCGCUGCCCAGCAAGCUCUUCAGCUGCGUCUCCAUCGGCGUGGUGCUCGCCUCCAUCGCCGCCAUGUGCAUCCACAGCCUGCCCGAGUACCAGGCCCGCGAGGCGGCGGCCGCCGUGGCCGCGGUGGCGGCGGGCCGCAGCGCUGAGGAGGCGCGCGACGACCCGGUGCUGCGGCGCCUCGAGUACUUCUGCAUCGCCUGGUUCAGCUUCGAGGUGUCCUCGCGCCUCCUGCUGGCGCCCAGCGCGCGCAGCUUCUUCUGCCACCCGCUCAACCUCAUCGAUAUCGUGUCGGUGCUGCCCUUCUACCUCACGCUGCUGGCGGGCGCCGCGCUGGGCGGCGGGGGCAGCGCGGGCGGCACGGGCGACGCGGACGGCGACGAGCUGGGCGACGAGCUGGGCGACCUGGGCAAGGUGGUGCAGGUAUUCCGCCUCAUGCGCAUCUUCCGCGUGCUCAAGCUGGCGCGUCACUCCACCGGGCUGCGCUCGCUGGGCGCCACGCUCAAGCACAGCUACCGAGAAGUGGGCAUCUUACUGUUGUAUCUGGCCGUGGGUGUGUCAGUGUUCUCUGGUGUGGCCUACACUGCUGAGAAGGAGGAGGAUGUGGGCUUUGACACCAUCCCAGCCUGCUGGUGGUGGGGCACAGUGAGCAUGACCACCGUGGGCUAUGGGGACGUGGUGCCAGUGACAGUGACUGGCAAGCUAGCAGCCUCAGGUUGCAUCCUUGGGGGUAUCCUGGUGGUCGCGCUCCCCAUCACCAUUAUCUUCAACAAGUUCUCCCACUUCUAUCGGCGUCAGAAGGCUCUGGAGGCAGCUGUGCGCAACAGCGACCACCAGGAGUUUGAGGACUUGCUGAGCAGCGUUAAUGGGGUGUCAGACAUGUCUCUGGAGACAUCCCAUGAGACAUCCCAAGAAGGAAGGUCUACAGACCUGGAAGCCCAAGUCCCUGAUAGACCUCCAAACUCUCAGAUUUACUAAAACCAGGUCUCCAAACCCUACCUUUCUGCAUCCCUAGAGUCAGCUGAAGCAGAGCUGAGAUGCAUCCUCUGCUUAAGUUCUUCAUAGCUUGGCCUCUCAUACUAUCCACACCUGGCCUGAGAAUUAAGUCCCAGAGGUUGCAUUUCUUCUCCCAAAGACUUGGGACAGGAGUCUAUGCACCUGGAGAGAAACCCAGAGAUGUUUAUAAAUCAACCUCCAAGCCACCUGUGAAGCCAGCAUGAGCCAGGGAAAGAGGAUGCUAACAAUUCCUGAGCACCUCCUUGUCUGCUAGUCAUCUCACACUUGGUCCUGUGUUGUAAGGUGAGGAUUAACCCUCAUUUCACUAGUGAGGUAACUGAGGUUCCAAGAGGUGCCUCCAUUUCACUGCUCACUGACAGCCACUGUCACCUGUGGAGAAGUGGUGGGACCAAGUUGGGAGUCUUGUUUAUUGUCUACUAGGACCAGUAAUACUUUCACUCCACCUCUCUUCUGACCUCAUAUAGUUGGCUUGUGGUUUUGGAGGGUUCUUGGGUUCCCAGAGUUAAGACAUGAUGUUUAAAACUUCUGUCAGAGCUAAGGAAGACUAGACAGAAUUCCCUACUGGGAGCCCCGAACCUCAACUGUGAUUCCUUUGCAAGAAUUUCCACCCAGAGUCAGUUCUCAAAGAUGAGGUCUGGGAGGAAGAAAGGGGGAGUGGCCUCCCUUCCUGGUGAGCAGGAUUUCCUUUUCUAUUUUAUGUGACAGUACAGAGAAAUUGAGAGGGGAUAGGAGAUAGAAAGAAAGACCCCUGCAGACCUGCUUCUUUGCUUGUGAAGCAUCCUCCCCCCCAGCAGGUGGGGAUCAGGGACUUGAAGCUGGGUCCUUGCACAUUGUAAGAUAUACACUUAACUGGGUGUGCCACCACCCCACCCUGAGGUGAGUGGGGAUUUUCUGUCUGCCUCAGAGUCCAUGGGCAGAGCCACUACACCAGCUCGGCAGUCUUGUGAGUGGGAUUUUCUAAACAGUCUCUUGCAGUGUCCUCCUGGGGCUAGAUAGAGAUGCAGAAAGGGCUCUGGUCUGAUGUCUCCACCCAGCCAUCCCAGAACCUGCAAGUUUGCGAACUAAGUAAGCAAUGUUUAUCAGGUAUUGGAACAUCUCUGUAAAGUGGGAAGAUACCUGUUUUACUUCGCGGUUUUAGCCCAUCUUCCAAAUGGUCACAGUUCGUGCCCCAAAGAGAGAUGACAGCCAAUUAGAGUAGGGGAGGCACUGAUUUAAAGCCAGUUUUUCUCUGAAGUAAUAAGAGACUGCCACAUACUGACACCCAUCCCCCUCACUUACUCUGACCCCCCCCCCCACACACACACACAUACACACAGGAUUUUUCAACUUGGCUGUGACAGUUCCUUUCUGCCCCCCCGGAAGGCCUCUCGCCCUACCCAGGCAGAUGCUUGAGACUCCAGUUCCUUUUGGUCAGCUCCAUUGCCCUCAUCAUAGUUGGGGCACAGAGCUGUCAUACUUACUGCUGUAUCCCUUCCCCAUAGGCUGAGCGAGUGGAGAGGAAAGGGUUCUGUAGCCCUUUUCACCUCCUGUUGGUAGAACAGUCAUCCUGUACUGUCAUUGCUUCAUGUGGCUCUGUCUGUCCCACCACACUGUCAAGCUGGAAGACCUAGUCCUAUUGAGCCCAGGCCUGGUGCACAGUAGGCAUUUAGUAAUGCUGAACGAUUCAGCCGAUGUGUAGUGCUUACUUUGAACCAUGUACUGGGGGGAAAUAGUACAUAGCAGGAGAGGAGAAGAUCCUGUCCUAGUGAGUGUAGACAAGGCAAAAAAAUAGAACAUUUCAGUUCUUCCCCCCCCCCCCAUUUUUCAGAGCCUUCACAAUGACUUCCUUGUAGAUUUCUUUACUCAUUGAAUGAAUAUCUAUUGGGAGAGCCAUAAGCUGGGAUUCCACAUGUGGCUCACAGACAUGUUCUGCUUAGCUGAAUAAGUACAUUUAGCUUAUAUUUUCAACUUGAAUAGCUUCAGGUGAUGCAUGUACUCUCCAGUUCCCCAUAAUGGCCUCCCCCUGCACCCCACCCCAUACACAAACACCACUGUGUAUUCCAACCAUAGCUCAGGUUGACUUUUCUACAUGGCCUUCAGUUUUUAACUGCUUACUAAAUUCUAAUGAUAAAAAUGGCAAAUAAUAUAUAUGUGUAUAUGUAUAUGCAUAUCUAUACUUGUGAAGCUUACAGACUAAUUUUAACCCAAGAGUCACAUAUAUAGGCAAUAAUGAACUCUACCUAAGUACAGGGAAUUGUAUGUAUAAUGCUGUGGGGACCACUAAUCAAGAUGACCAGAGAAGACUUUUCUGGAAAAGUGGUAACAAUCUGUGACUGUAUGGAUAUCUAAUUAGACAAUUAAGAUUGCAGGAGGUGUAUUCCAAGCAAAGGGAACAACACAUGUGAAGGCUUCAUGUUAUACACAGGGCCUUGUGUGUAGCUGGACCCCAGAUA